AUGCCGGAGGGGGGACGGCGGCGUGGACCCUGGUUCAAAAGCACCUCCAAGGAACUGGCGGAGAGGGGCAAAGCCGGAGACUACAGCAGCACCCGGAGCCGAGCGCUGAGGGGCCGGAGCGUCCGCGAGAAGGAGGAGGACAGAGCAAGAUACAUCGGCUGCUACGUGGACAACACUCGCCGGCGAACGCUGCGCGGCGUGUCCUUCUUUGACUACAAGAAGAUGACAGUCUUCCGUUGCCAGGACAACUGUGCCGAACGGGGUUACCUCUACGCAGGGCUGGAAUUUGGUGCCGAGUGCUACUGCGGGCACAAGGUCCAGGCAUCGAAUGCCAGCGAGUCCGAGUGCAACAUGGAGUGCAAGGGGGAGAGGAGCAACAUCUGCGGCGGGGUCAACCGCCUCUCCAUCUAUCGCCUGGAGCUGGCCCAGGAGUCCGCCCGGAGAUAUGGCAGUGCCAUAUUUCGGGGGUGCUUUCGCCAGCCGGACAACGUCUCCAUCGCCCUGCCUGUCAGCCAGCUCAUGCUGAACAUGUCGGUGGACAAGUGCGUGGACUUCUGCACUGAGAAGGAGUACCCGCUGUCCGCCCUGGCCGGGACCGCCUGCCGCUGCGGCUUUCCCACCCUGCCCCAGCCUCUUCCCGGGAGGCAGCAGCGUGCCGGAAGGGAGCGGGAUCCCUCGGUAUGAAAAGCAUGGUACCCUGACGUGCCUUGGCCGGUUCUUGCUGCAGACAACCGCUGCAUGGACAGGAGGUUUCUCCCUACCCACGCCAAGCAGCUGGUGGCCCUGGCCAGCUUCCCCGGCGCCGGCAAUACCUGGGCACGCCACCUGAUCGAGCUGGCCACCGGCUUCUACACCGGCAGCUACUACUUUGAUGGGUCUCUCUACAACAAAGGGUUCAAGGGCGAGAGGGACCACUGGCGAAGCGGGAGGACGAUUUGCAUCAAAACCCACGAGAGUGGCCAGAAGGAGAUCGAGUCCUUCGAUUCGGCCAUCCUCCUCAUCCGAAACCCCUACAAGGCUCUGAUGGCUGAGUUCAACCGCAAAUACGGGGGGCACAUCGGCUUCGCAGCUCACGCCCAUUGGAAGGGCAAAGGCAUCACCGCCGGCCAGGACAGGCUGCUCUGCGUCGAGGGACAGAAGGACGGCAACUUUAAGCGCUCCGGCUUGAGAAAACUGGAGUACGACCCUUACACACCCGAGAUGAGGAAGAUGAUCAGCGGCUACAUCAAAACGGUGGACACGGCUCUGAAACUCCGCAACCUGUCGGGAGUCCCGGAUGAUUACUACCCGAGAUGA